AUGGAGUGGACCACAUUGCAGCACCUUGAUCUCCGCCAUGUAGGCCGUGGAGACAAACCUCUGCAGCCUCACGCUGCUUCCUUCCACCCUCAUCAGGCACUCGUCGCUGUCGCCAUCGGAACCUACAUUGUCGAAUUUGAUGCAUUGACAGGAAGUAAGAUUUCUUCUCUUGACAUAGGUGCACCUGUUGUGCGUAUGUCGUAUAGUCCUACAGCUGGGCAUACUGUGAUUGCGAUCCUCCAGGAUUGUACGAUACGAUCUUGUGAUUUUGACUUAGAGCAAACAUGUGUAUUGCAUUCACCGGAGAAGAAAUCAGACCAAAUUUCUUCUGAUACUGAAGUUCAUCUGGCAUUGACCCCACUACAACCUGUUGCUUUUUUUGGAUUUCGUAAACGGAUGAGUGUUACAGUUGUUGGAACUGUUGAAGGCGGGAGAGCACCCACAAAAAUCAAGACGGACUUGAAGAAGCCUAUUGUGAAUCUUGCUUGUCAUCCUCGCCUCCCUGUUAUGUAUGUAGCUUAUGCUGACGGUUUGAUUCGAGCAUAUAACAUUCAAACCUAUGCUGUUCACUACACAUUACAACUUGACAAUACUAUAAAGCUUAAUGGCGCUGGUGCAUUUGCAUUUCAUCCAACUCUAGAAUGGAUUUUUGUUGGUGAUCGACGUGGUACCUUACUGGCGUGGGAUGUAUCAACUCCGACGCCUAGUAUGAUUGGAAUAAUUCAAGUUGGCUCACAACCCAUAACAUCAGUUGCUUGGUUACCCAUUUCACGAUUACUUGUAACCCUAUCAAGGGAUGGAAAUCUGCAAGUUUGGAAAACACGGGUUGUAUUUAAUCCUAAUAGACCUCCAGUGCAGGCAAAUUUUUUUGAGCCUUCUGCAAUUGAAUCACUUGAUAUCCCUCGUAUCCUUUCUCAACAAGGUGGAGAAGCAGUGUACCCCUUACCGCGAAUUAAAGCUUUAGAAUUUCAUCCAAAAUCUAAUUUAGCAGCACUUGUGUUUGCAAACAUAGCAAGUGAAGAUACUUCAAAAAAUAAGACCACUCUUAAUCGAGAAAGGAGAAAGCAACUUUUUGCAGUUUUACAAAGUGCACGGGGAUCGUCAGCAUCUGUUUUAAAAGAAAAAUUGGCAGUCUUGGGUUCAUCUGGAGUGUUAGCAGACCAUCAGCUUCAAGCUCAAUUACAAGAACAUCAUCUGAAAAGCCAAAGUCAUCCUACAAUAUCAGACAUUGCAAGGAAGGCUUUUCUUUACAGUCAUUUUAUGGAAGGCCAUACAAAAAGUGCUCCUAUAUCUCGCUUACCCCUCAUCACUCUUCUAGAUACCAAGCAUCAUCUGAAAGACAUUCCAGUUGUCCAGCCAUUUCAUUUGGAGCUAAAUUUCUUCAACAAAGAGAACCGAGUUCUUCAUUAUCCUGUCAGAGCUUUCUAUGUGGAUGGACCAAACCUUAUGGCAUAUAAUCUCUCCUCUGAAUCUGAGAGUAUCUACAAGAAGCUUUAUAAUUCGAUUCCGGCGAGUGUAGAGUAUCAAGCAAAAUACUUGAUUUACAGUAAAAAGCAACACCUGUUUCUUGUAGUUUAUGAAUUUAUUGGUAUUUCAAAUGAAGUUGUGCUUUAUCGGGAAAAUACUGAAGUAGACAUAGCAAACAGUAAAAGCAGCACAGUUAAAGGUCGAGAUGCAGCAUUUAUUGGUCCCAAUGAAAACCAGUUUGCUAUUCUUGAUGAUGACAAGACAGGAUUGGCGGUAUAUAUACUACCAGGAGGGCCACAAGAAGCUAAGGAAAUUGAAAAAGUUUUUGAAGAAAAUUACCAACCUGAAGAAACUAAUGUUGAUUCAAUUCAAGGCCCAACGCCGUUUAUGUUUGAAACUGAAGUUGAUCGCAUAUUUUCUACUCCUUUAGAUUCAACUUUGAUGUUUGCUUCUCAUGGGAAUCAGAUUGGAUUAGUACAGCUCAUACAAGGGUAUCGCCUUUCAACUUCCACUUCUGAUGGCCAUUAUAUAUCAACCAAGAGCAGUGGAAAAAAGUCAAUCAAGUUGAAAAGAAAUGAGAUUGUACUUCAGGUGUACUGGCAAGAGACUCUUAGGGGACAUGUUGCAGGGGUUUUAACAACGCAUAGAGUUCUUAUUGUCUCAGCAGCACUUGAUAUACUUGCAAGCACUUCUACAAAUUUUGAUAAGGGACUUCCUUCAUUUAAAUCACUCUUAUGGGUUGGGCCUGCCCUUCUUUUUUCUACUGCCACUGCAAUCAGUAUGCUUGGCUGGGAUGGAAAAGCGAGAACUAUCCUCUCAAUUAGUAUGCCUUAUUCAGUCCUGGUUGGUGCUUUGAAUGAUCGAUUGUUGCUUGCUAGCCCUACGGAAAUAAUUCCCAAACGGAAGAAGGAGGUUGAGGUCAAAACCUGUCUUGUUGGUCUUCUUGAGCCUCUUCUCAUUGGAUUUGCCACAAUGCAGCAAAGUUUUGAGCAGAAGCUUGACCUCUCAGAAAUACUAUACCAAAUAACAUCAAGGUUUGACAGCUUGCGCAUAACACCAAGGUCUCUGGACAUCCUUGCUAGAGGUUCUCCUGUUUGUGGAGAUUUAGCUGUGUCAUUAUCUCAAUCAGGUCCACAGUUCACCCAGGUGAUGAGGGGUGCCUACGCUGUGAAAGCUCUUCAAUUUCCCACUGCUUUAUCUGUUUUGAAAGAUGAAUUUCAGCGUUCAAGAGAUUAUCCACGAUGUCCUCCUACAUCUCAUUUAUUUCACAGCUUCAGACAGUUGGGUUAUGCCUGUAUCAGGUUUGGACAGUUUGAUAGAGCCAAAGAAACCUUUGAAGUAACUGCUGAUUAUGAAAGCAUGCUUGAUCUGUUUAUAUGCCACCUUAAUCCUAGUGCCAUGAGGCGUCUUGCUCAGAAGUUGGAAGAAGAAGGUCUUGAAUCAGAAUUGAGGCGAUAUUGUGAAAGGAUUUUACGAAUUCGAUCUACUGGAUGGACACAAGGCAUAUUUGCCAACUUCGCUGCGGAAAGUAUGGUUCCUAAAGGACCUGAAUGGGGUGGUGGAAACUGGGAAAUCAAAACCCCUGCUACUGCAAAGGAUAUACCUAAGUGGGAGCUUGCUGCAGAGGUGACGCCAUACAUGAGGACUGAUGAUGCUGCAAUUCCAUCUAUUAUUCUAGAUCAUAUUGGUGUAUAUUUAGGCUCAAUUAAAGGAAGAGGCAAUACUGUAGAGGUAAGGGAAGAUAGCUUGGUUAAAGCCUUCAUCCCGGCUGGUAAUGAUGUUAAAGCAAAUGGUGUUGAAGCACCUUCUGUUCAAUCCAUAUCUAACCAAUCGAAGGGGGUUGAUAAUUCCCAAGGUGAUUCAUUUAUGGGUCUGGGAGGUCUUAAGAAACAAUUUGUCAGUCCCUCUGCUGAUGAACAGGCUAAAGCGGCUGAAGAAUUUAAGAAAUCCAUGUAUGCAGCUGCUGCUGCUGAUGGCAGCAGUAGUGAUGAGGAAGGAGUGUCAAAAACCAAAAAAAUACAUGUUAGAAUACGAGACAAGCCGAUUGACUCUUCUACUGUGGAUGUGAACAAGAUUAAAGAAGCCGCUAGUAAAUUUAAACUUGGUGCAGGGUUAACUUCAUCAAGGAGCAGGUCAGCAACAAGUGGAUCCCAUGAUCUUGGUCAGAUUUUGUCCCUGCCACCUGCAACUACUGGAGUGGCUACUCCUACUGCUUCAACUCCUGGCGACCUGUUUGGUACAGAUGCCUUUGCUCAACCACAAUCAACUUCACAGCAAACUACUGGAGUAGUAAGUAGGGGGGGAGUUAAAGCUGGACCUAUUCCGGAGGAUUUCUUUCAGAACACAGUUCCAUCCCUUCAGGUUGCUGCUUCACUGCGUCCUGCUGGGACAUAUCUCUCAAAAUAUGCUCAAGGGGUUGAAAUCGGCAAGGCAACUCAAAACCAGGACAGUGCUUCUGAAGGUGAUGUUCCUCCUAAAUCUGUUCAACAACCUGGGGUUCCCAUUGAGCCCAUGGGACUACCUGAUGGUGGUGUCCCACCACAAUCCUCAGCUCAGGCUGCAGUCAUGCCCACAUCACAGCUGCAGGCACCAAUUUCUAGCCAGCCUCUUGAUCUUAGUGUCCUUGGAGUACCAAAUUCUGCUGAUUCAGGAAAGCCUCCACAAACUGGUUCUCCACCAUCUUCUCUACGACUUGGACAGGUUCCACGAGGGGCUGCUGCUUCUGUAUGUUUCAAGACUGGACUUGCUCACCUUGAGCUAAAUCAUCUUUCAGAUGCAUUGUCUUGCUUUGAUGAAUCUUUUCUUGCAUUAGCUAAGGAUCAAUCUUGUGGAAGUGAUAUAAAAGCCCAGACAACAAUCUGUGCUCAAUACAAGAUAACAGUCACUCUUCUUCGGGAAAUAGAACGUUUGCAAAGAGUCCAUGGUCCAAGUGCAAUCAGUGCAAAAGAUGAGAUGGCAAGACUUUCACGCCAUCUAGGUUCAUUGCCUCUUCUAGCAAAGCACAGAAUAAAUUGCAUUCGAACUGCCAUAAAACGAAACAUGGAGGUGCAAAAUUAUGCAUAUUCCAAGCAAAUGCUAGAACUACUAUUGUCUAAAGCACCUGCAAGCAAGCAGGAUGAAUUUAGGUGCCUGAUCGAUUUGUGUGUUCAGAGGGGUUUGACUAACAAGUCCAUUGAUCCACUAGAAGAUCCUUCUCAUUUCUGCGCUGCCACAUUAAGCAGGCUAUCGACCAUUGGAUAUGAUGUCUGUGAUCUAUGUGGAGCCAAAUUUUCAGCCGUGAAUGCUCCUGGAUGCGUCAUCUGUGGAAUGGGAAGCAUCAAAAGAUCAGAUGCACUCACAGGUCCAGCUCCUUCUCCAUUUGGUUGAGUUGCUAAUAUAAUUCUUGCUUCUUUUCCCUUGUGAAGUUGCUAUGCAGAGAGGUAUGACCUAGUUAUAUGGAGGAUAAAAAUUGAAGGCCAAGGGGGGGAAAUUUCUCGCGCUGAUUCUAGGAAAUAAUUUAGCCUGUUUGGUUUAACGUUAGAAAUUAUGAAAACGGUAAAAUAACACAUCUCGAGGCUUCCUACUUCAACAAAAAGUGCAUCAAGGAUGUGUUAUUUUUCUGUUUCCGUACGUUCUAACGGUAAACAAACGGACUCUAAUUUUUAUAUACACAACUUUCGAGUUUGUUGUGAUUCUUUGUGAUGGCUUCGGCUUUCCUUUAAAUUAUUUUAUUCUUUAGACGACAACACUUUCUGUGUAAUUACAGAAUGUUGUUUUCCAAUAAUUUUGUAUCAUAUAUUGACCCUUUGUGAAGAUACAAACACAAAGUAUUAAUAGAAUCAUUCGGUCAUUCGGCAUUACAA